CACUCGCAUACAUUAGGUAACACCAUCGCUCGCUCUGACAUAACUAGUAUGAAGCAGGUUGAGUUGAGACAUUCGUCAAUAAAGAAAAAGAGAUAAGAGGAAAGAAGUCCCGGGACUAACUUUGUUAUGCUAAACAGCCGCCAGAUCUGGAAGCGUUCUCCGGUGCAACAUGCAAACACUUUCUGGCCGUGUGUGGGAAAUAUAGGUAUCGUUUCUGAGCGCACACACGCCCCUUUGAAUGCAACACAGGCAUGUUUUACUCUUGAAACAACGUUUGCGUCCAACUCAAAAUAGGAAAGGAAAAAACGCGCCUUGCUGUGUAGGAUUGCACAUGCGGACAACAUUUCCACGCGGAUCGUUGCCGAGACUGAAACCAGAUCAUGUUUGACUAUGUGGAAUUUCAAGCUUUCGGUCCCGGAGAAAUCAUGGACUUGUACACUUCUACCCCCAGCCCUGCAUCGUGCAUGCUGCAGGAGCAAGAGCCGGAUUUGGCUGCCUUCUUUCCCGAGCUGAUCGAGACGGACUGGCAGCAGCACCGGUGCUCCCAAUCUGUUGGAAGCCAGAGCUCCAGCUCCAGUUCAGACGACCUGUUCGCCAGCCCUGCCUCCCCACCGCCGCCCCCUCGCACUUACAAGCCCUGUUUUGUGUGUCAAGACAAAUCCUCAGGCUACCAUUAUGGCGUCAGCGCCUGCGAGGGCUGCAAGGGCUUCUUCCGCCGCAGCGUGCAGAAGAACAUGGUGUACACCUGCCAUCGAGACAGAAACUGCAUUAUCAACAAGAUCACCAGGAACCGCUGUCAGUACUGUCGGCUGCAGAGGUGCUUUGCAGCGGGAAUGUCCAAGGAGUCAGUGAGAAACGACAGGAACAGCAGGAAGGGGAAGAAGGAGGCGGUGAAAAUGACCAUCAUGGAGACGUACGAGCUGACGGCGGAGCUCGGCCUGAUCGUGGAGAAGAUCUGCAGAGCUCACAGAGAGACUUUCCCCUCUCUCUGCCAGCUGGGAAAAUACACCACGAACUCCAGCUCCGACCACAGGAUCCAGCUGGACCUCGGGCUGUGGGACAAGUUCAGCGAGCUCGCCACCAAGUGUAUCAUCAAAGUGGUGGAGUUUGCCAAGCGAGUGCCUGGAUUCACCGGCCUGACCAUCGCUGACCAGAUCACUCUGCUGAAAACUGCAUGCCUGGACAUCCUGAUCCUGAGGAUUUGCACUCGCUACACUCCUGGACAAGACACCAUGACCUUCUCCGACGGGCUGACCCUGACCCGCACUCAGAUCCAUAACGCCGGAUUUGGACCACUGACAGAUCAGGUUUUCACGUUUGCCGGCCAGCUGCUGCCCCUACAGAUGGACGACACAGAGAGCGGUCUUCUCAGCGCCAUCUGUCUCGUCUCUGGAGACCGACAGGAUCUGGAGGAGCCUUCUAAGGUGGAGGUGCUGCAGGAGCCGCUGCUGGAGGCGCUGAAGAUUUACUCCCGCAAACGGCGGCCCAGCAUGCCCCUCAUGUUCCCUAAAGCCCUCAUGAAGAUCACGGACCUGCGCAGCAUCAGCGCCAAAGGUGCUGAGAGGGUGGUGACUUUGAAGCUGGAGAUCCCGGGUUCCAUGCCCCCUCUGAUCGAGGAGAUGCUGGAGGAUCUGGAGAAAAACUCUGAGGAUAGCAGAGAGGAGGCAAAUACCAGCCAGCACACACACACACCGACUGCUCUCAGUACAUGACUUCUUACUCUGAAGUCACUGCAAGAACAUUGGCUCCCAUCCUCCCUCCCUCCCAGAGAAAACGCUAACAAUAUAAACUAAAGAUGCAGUCCAGGUGGUUAUAGUGUCUUACCUCAGUUUCACAGAUCGGUUUGCAAACACAAUGCUUGUUUUUGUCUGAAGAAGAGAUUCUGUUGUUCCACUAACGACUGCGCUGAUGAACGAAGAGCUAAUUUGUGCUUCAAAGGGGGAAAAGAGAGUGAUGCAGUAAUGUUUUAAUUUGUAUCACAUUUUCAUUCUUUUAACCCCUUCUGACAGACACCUAAUAACCACAGGAAAUCACACAGGUUUCUACUGUAUUUAUAUUUGCAUGAGUUAUCACAUGGAUUAAUUUUUACCUCAUUGAGUAACAACGCCUUUAGCUUUAGUGUAGCAAAUUAGUAAACAAAUGGAUUUAAAAUGUCUACUUGUUGGUUGUACACAUGUGUAAAAAGAAAGCUCUGGACUAACUAUCUAAACAUGUUCGAAGAAAAAGAACAGAUUAUCUGCACAAAAGGGAAAAGUCAGCAAAAGUGUUUUUUCUCAAAGUUGAAUGUUCAUAUCUUACAUAAACAAAUAUCAUAUAUAUAUAUAAUUAGUAAAUACAGUCAACCGCUUAGCUUUGAACAAAACUAAACAAGCUUAAGAUGGACCUGAGAGCACGAUGUACUGCUAAAGGAAACACACACAAAUGGUAGUUUAGUGUUGAUAAUAAGCUCAAAUAUGCUGAUUUGAAAAGUAUUGCAGAUAUUAUUAUUAUGAUAAAUAUUGUGCAAUUUGUAAUUUGGAGUUGUAAAGAGGUUCUUCAUUUGCUAGUUUACUAUCUAUUUGCGUGUGUUUUCCUAGUAUCCUGUGCAUUGAGCUCUCAGACUUAAACUACAUAGUUACUACAAAACUUUGAACAAAAAAGUGAUCAAAGGAUUCAAAUCAGCAAAAUGAUUGUAGCACAACAGUAGUUGUAUGUAAAAUAGGAAACAUUGCAUUGUGGGAUUGUCUGCAAUCGCUACACAUGUUUUUUGUGGCACGUUUUUUGAGAGCACUAUAUAAUGCGCUCGAUUUACACUCAGAGUUUAUUCAGAUAAAAUGGCAAAGGGCUCAUGUAGAGCACUGUAUAUUGCAUUGUGAGUGAUUUUGGCCACAGCAGAAUAAUGCUGGUACCCUUGGAACCACACAGUGACUCCAAGAAGUCCCUGCGCUCACUCAAGAAAAAGUCCUGCACGUGACCUCUCAAAAAACCACAACUUUUUUGUUUUUACAUUUUGAUUUUGUACACAUCUAUUAAAAAGAACAACAUAGACAUUAACAAGUGAGUUUUAGAGGUGCUGAUUGGAGGUUUGGAGAUUUUGGUUUGGCAGAACCUGGCUAGCUGUUUUCCUCUGUCUCUAUGCUUACAGUAGCUAAGCUAAGCGUGUGUGCAUGGUUAUUUUCACCAUGCAGACAUGAGUGGUAUCAAUCUACUCAACCAACUCUCAGCAAGAGUUUGAAUAAAACAUGUUUCCCAAACUGUGUAACUAAUGUUUAGAGCUUUCGCUCAAUAGGUGUCAGUGUUUAUGGUGUAACUUUUCCUGGAACAGUUCUGGUACAUUCUGCUGGAGAUCUGCUUAAUUGUUUAACACAAACAAUACAGUUUGAUUCUUUCACACAUUUUCAAAAUGCAAAGUUUGAAUCCCAGGUGACAUAUCUGCAGUUAGUGGUUGGACUGGAUAUUGUUCAGAGUGAUGGCGAUCAAAAUUAUUGAUAAGCUAUACUAAGCUAUUUUUAAUACCGUUUAUGAUUUCUAUAUCAAAGUUUUUCCUAUACAAAACUUUUUUGUCAUUUAACACAAAAAAACAUCUUUUGAAAGGCUGUUUGAAAUCGUCUUAUCAUAGACAGUUUUGUCCAAAUAAAAUGCUAUGUAACUUGGAAAUGAUACUAUGCUACACAUACAGGGGCAUUUUGUCAUAGUUGGCACAGCAAAUGAGAAUUAUAAAUAAAACGUUAAUGACACUUGUUCCUCAAAAUAUGUACAUUCCAUGAAACAGAAGAAUGUUGUAUAAUUGUAUAAAAUAUCUAAUGUAUGUCAUAAAGCAGGCAGCCUGUUUACUGAAGAACUCAUGUGCCUACUCUUAAUGUGCCAAUUGUUCUCAUAUCUUGGAUUUUACAUACUCUACCAAUGUAACC